CGUUGCCUCGAACGGAAGUCCGAGGCUUAUCGCCAGAAUGUUGGCCGGGAUGCAUUCACCCGCAUCGCCUUCAGCUCAGUCACAGGCACCGCCGCCGACGCCCUGCAAAUCGCCCAUCCUGGACGUGACCGAGACCCUGUCGCUUCAUAGCGAGAUGGAGCUGGAACUCGAACCGAAAAAAGCGUUGUAUUCCUUUGGAGCCCCGCACAGUCACGGUCACAGCCACAGUCAUAGCCUACGUCUGCCGGGCCUCAGUAUUCCCAGCCUGAUCAAUAGCAAGAAUUCCACUCUGCCCGCCUUCGAGUACAUCGCUCCGCCGAACCACGCCCUGCAGGCCCUGGAGUUUCCCCUGAUGGAGUUGAACCAUCGUGUGGGUGUGGGUGUUGUUGGCGGCAUGUUUCCCGGCUUCUUGCACCGACGGUCACGCGGUGGGGAAUUCUCUGACCCAAUUCUUGCAACGUUGCAAAGGUAA